AUGUCCACCGCCGUGAUAAAUACCGAUGACGAUCAACUCGAGCCUACGCUCCAGUCAAUCCUCGACCAGAAGACGCUCCGCUGGAUCUUCGUUGGAGGAAAAGGAGGUGUAGGAAAAACGACAACAUCCUGCUCCCUUGCCAUCCAACUUGCCAAAGUUCGCAGAUCUGUCCUCCUCAUCUCGACCGACCCAGCGCACAAUUUAUCCGAUGCCUUCUCACAGAAGUUUGGCAAGGAGGCGCGACUGAUUAAUGGCUUCACGAACUUGAGCGCAAUGGAAAUUGAUCCUAAUGGAAGUAUCCAAGAGCUUAUGGGCCAGGCUGAGGAGGGAGAAGGUCCGGCUGCUGGAAUGGGAGGUAUGAUGCAGGAUUUGGCUUUCGCAAUUCCUGGUAUCGAUGAAGCCAUGUCUUUCGCAGAAGUCCUGAAACAAGUCAAAUCGCUCUCGUACGAAACCAUCAUCUUUGACACGGCACCAACAGGCCACACUCUCCGAUUCCUCCAAUUUCCAACUGUUCUCGAAAAGGCACUCGCGAAGAUCUCUCAACUCUCUUCACAGUUUGGGCCUAUGCUGAACGGUCUACUCGGUGCGAAUGGAUCUCUGCCGAACGGUGCGAACUUGAAUGAGAUGAUGGAGAAGCUGGAGGGCUUGCGGGAAACAAUCAGCGAGGUCAAUACCCAGUUCAAGGACGAGAACUUGACAACUUUCGUCUGCGUGUGCAUACCCGAGUUUCUGUCCCUCUACGAAACAGAGCGCAUGAUUCAAGAGCUAGCCAGCUACGGAAUCGACACACACUGCAUCGUAGUCAACCAGCUGCUCUUCCCCAAAUCCAGCAGCGAGUGCGAACAAUGCAAUGCUAGGAGGAAGAUGCAGAAGAAGUACUUGGAGCAGAUUGAGGAGCUGUAUGAUGAGUUUAAUGUGGUCAAGAUGCCGUUACUGGUCGAGGAGGUUAGAGGGAAGGAGAAGCUGGAGAGUUUCAGUGAGAUGCUCAUCCACCCAUACAUUCCACCGGCUGGAGGUCUAUAG